AUGGCACACACCACACUCCUCUACAAUGUCAUCUCACUCUCGCUCUCCCUUGCAGCUUCAGCUCUUGCGCCACCGCCUGACACCACCCAACAAGCACCGACGACGGUGCGAGCCGGCUACUACUUCGCCGAUGACGCCGAUCUCUGGCCCCUCUCGGCCCUCGACGCCUCCCUCUACACCCACCUCUACUACUCCUCUCUCUCCGUGCACCCCACGCGGCACACGCUCCAGCUCCCAGCCGACCUGGCCCAGGCGCGCCUCCUCGCCAGCUUCUCCCGGGAGCUCAAAGGGAGAAACCCGGUGCUCAGGACCCUGCUCUCCCUCGCCACCGCCGGCGCCGAAGAUGCCGCAGCAGGCGCCGCCAGGGCAUCUGGGGACCCCGCGUUCGCCGCCAUGGCCGCGGACCCGACGUCGCGGGUCGCGUUCGUCGACGCGGCCGUUAGGGUGCCGCGGGAGAAUGGCUUCGACGGGAUCGACGUCGCGUGGCGGUUCCCGGCGUCGGCGGUGGAAAUGGCCGACUUCGGGUUCCUUGUCGCCGAGUGGCGCGCCGCGGCGCCCAAGGGGUUCCUGCUCACGGCCACCGUCUACUUCUCUAACCACGUGUUCGGCGCGCCGUUCGCCGGCGUGGACUACCUGUCGGAGGCGGUCGCGGGGAGCCUCGACUGGAUCAACGUGAUGGCGUUCGGGCUCCGGCCGGCCGACGCGGCGGCCACUGUCACGGCCUUCGACGCGCCGCUGUACGACAGGGCGUCGCACUUCUCGGUGAGCUACGGCGUCGUCUCCUGGCUCGACGCGGGAGUCCCGGCGGGCAAGGUGGUCAUGGGGCUCCCGCUCUACGGCCGGUCGUGGUUCCUGCGCAACAAGGCCAAUAGCGGCAUCGGCGCGCCGGUCGUGGCCGCCGGGCCGAAGCAGCGCGGGAGCAACGCGACGGGGGCCAUGUCCUACGCCGAGGUGCAGGCGCUCACCACGACCGCGGGCGGACGCGCGCCGGUGAUGACGUCGUAUGACAACGGCUCCGUGUCGUCGUACCUGGCGGUGGGCGACGUCUGGGUCGCCUUCGACGGCGCGGCCUUCGUCGCCGAGAAGCUCGGCUUCGCCGCCCGGUGCAGCCUGCUCGGCUACUUCCUGUGGCCGGUGAACUACGACGACGCCAACCUCACGGUAACCAGGAGAGCAUCUGAGGUCUGGGAGCAGAGCAAAAUUUCGUCGGAUUUGAGGAACGUCACGGGCGUCCGGCAGGGGAAAGCCCCAUUUGAGCUGCCGCCGGCUCUCGGGUCGCCUUCGCCGGCGUCAGAGCCGGUGCCCGUGCCGACGUCAGCAUCGUUCUCAUGGCUGUGCCGGAAGAAGCUUGAUGCGCGCUUGCAUUUGUCUGUACUAAUUGUCCUCUUAUAUUAA